AUGGUUCAGGUGCACCACCUGAGGUCGCGAGUGCCCGACUCGAUGAAUCACAGCUUGGAUGUCAACAUCCUGAGCAGAAAAGCCAUUAAUGAGGUGGAACUUGCUAAAGCUCAGUCGAGUAUGUAUGACAACAUCAUUAAUCCAGAAAUGUGGAAGAACAAUCUGGACAUGUAUAGUUCAAGCCUUCCUUGCCGCGAUUGGCUUGUGAGUGGGGCUGCGUUUGGGAGUCUGCAGUUCCUCACACACUGGAUCUUUGGAGAGGUCUCGCUCGUUUCCCGGUGGGCAGUGAGUGGCCACCCAAAUGCUGGACCAGAUCCAAAUCCCUAUGGGGGUGUGAUUUUGGUUGCCCUGGCUAUCGGUGUGAUGUUAUCAUUUCGAGUCUCUGUUAACAACGUUGUCCUUUGGCUCAUAGGAGUAGUAUCAGCAAUUUGUCUCUUUUACCUUCGGAGGGAAGGAGCAUUUGCUGCAGGAACUGUGUUGGCCGUUUAUGUCAUGUCGCUCUGGCCCCACCUAAUUGAACGUCUCAUCAGUUCAGGAAGCCCAGGAAAGGCCAUGGGCACGGCGAUGCUGGUGUAUUUGCUGGAGAUCUUCAGCACAGUGUGGUGUGUAGCUUACAACUUUGUACCUGGAGGUGCCAUCACAAGAGAGAAAACAAUGGUGGUUUUGGGAACACUCAUGCAUUUGAUUGGAUUGGGAUUAUUCUUUGGUCAACGACCUAAAUUGUUUGCAACAGAAGGCAAAAAUGUGGCACAUUUCAAACUCUUGACAAAGUGUGUCAAACAAUUGCUUUGGCUGUUUGUAGGAGUGGGUCUGUUGGGAUUAGGGCAUCGAUUCAUAUUGCAUCAGAAGAAAUUACUCAACCCAGCUGAUAUCCUGCCUGUGAAGAAAGAUUUCUCUGCUAUGAUAUGGUCUUACAGAUUUGGGUAUGACAAUCAAGGUUGGCCAAGUUUGGAAAGAUCUGCUGAGUUUAUUGAACAAACAGGUGCCGAUUUAAUAACAAUAUUGGAAAGUGAUGCCUCUAAACCUUUCCUGGGAAAUAAUGAUCUCACCAUGUGGCUGGGAGAGAAGUUGGGUUUUUACAUGGAUUUUGGUCCAAGCACAAAAGAUCACACCUGGGGAAUAAUGGUUUUGUCAAGAUACCCCAUCGUUCAAUCCAUGCACCAUCUUCUUCCAUCCCCACACGGAGAGAUUGCUCCUGCUAUUUCCAUGACGGUCAACAUCUCAGGGAAUCUUGUGGAUUUUGUUGUUGCUCAUUUUGGCAAUGAACAGGAUGAGUUGGAUAGGAAGUUGCAGGCAGAGUAUAUUUCAAAUACACUGAAGGAAGCACAACAACCUCUUGUAUUUUUGGGCUACGUCACUUCUGCACCUGGCUCCAGAGACUACCAACAGCUUCGAAACAUUGGAAAUGUAAAGGACAUAGAUCAGACUGAUAUGCAUAGAUGGUGCGAGUACAUCAUGUACCGUGGACUAAUAAGGUUGGGCUAUGCCCGCAUUUCACAUGGUGGUUUAAGUGACACAGAAGUCCAGUUGGGAAAAUUUCAGAUUCCUGAUGACCAGAAUCAUUAUGAAGAUAAUAACAAGAUUGAAAUUGAUCCUCGAGUAGUACCUGAAGAAAUUCACUUUAAUCCCAGGUUUGGAUCCUAUAAACGUGGACACAACUAUGAACACAUACACCACUUUCAUAUGAGCACACCAAAGUACUUCCGUAAGCAGAAUGAAAAAGGGAAAAAUAAAAAGCAUAUGUGAUCGCACAAUUAAUUGCAGGAAUCUGAAACACAUUUAAUAUUUCUGUAUAUAAGCACAGUUGUUCAACUCUUUAUUAAGAAUCUUCCCAUGUGCUGGCAGGAACUUUAGGAACCAUAUAUAAGGCCAAUGUUUUAUAAUAGGAUCUACGGCAUUUGUUACUAAAUUCUGAGAGAUUGUAGAACGUUUCAAAACAGUCCAUGUUAUUGAUUCUUCCCGUUGGCUAUUAUGUUCCACAUACCUUUCAAAUGUUUCUCAUAGUAUGUAUUCUAAUAUGCAGAAAUUUUAUCAGUCUGAAGAAAGGGUCUGACCUACCUAUGUCCUCCACAGAUGCUGCCUGCCUAAGUAUUCCAGCACUUAAAAAAAAAAUCCUAUUGUUACUUUCAUGCAUUUGGAAAUUUGAUAAAUUAAUAAAUAUUUAUCGCACCAUUUGAUGACAACUGGGAUAUGACAAGGUUGUUCUUGACACAGUAAUAGUGGAAAUAAAUAUACAUGUAAAAACAGCUAACCUGCCUGUUAGUUCCAAACACUAUAACAUCAAAGCUCUCUAGACAUUCAGAUGGAUUCCCUUACAGUAUUAUGCUUUAUGAAAACUGAAAACUCACUCAAAAUUAUGUCAAUUGUUUUGUACUGGAUGUGUAAUUUUCUGAAGAUACAUUUGUGGAUAUGUUCUUGGAAAAUGCAAAACUCUGGUAUACCUAACUGAAUAACACUACGGUAAAAUUCUGAUAACCCCCACCCAUGCGACUUUGGUGUUCGAUGCGCAGAUUUUUCAGACCAUUGGAUAUUAUUCCAAUGCCCCAACACACUGAUAUUUCACCUUUUUUUUAAAAUGUUACAUGAUGGUAUAAUAUUUUUGAGUGAGCCUAUAAGUCAAAGGGAAUGAAAACUGAAUCCUGGUGAGUUUUAUACGGAAAGGGGAAAUAAAAUCCUGAGUUUCAGCUUGUGUUUUUUAGCACAAAACGACCCUAAUUCCUGAUCCCUGAUGUUCCUGACCCCAGUUGCACACCCAUCCCACAAUCCAGACUCUAGCUCUGGCCACACACUGCCCUGGCUCAAACUCGGAAUUAAUGAGCAAGUUAGAUGCUGAACCAUUGGGAUUUCUGAAUUAACGAGGAUUAUUAGAGUUUUACAUAUGGUAGCAUAUUGUAGAGGACAAACGAGAAAUAUUUAUAAAGUGUGGAUAAUCUUAAAGAGCAUGGAUCAAACUGACUUUUGGAAGUAUGAUUGAUUGUAGACAAGAAAAAAAGAGCAAUGGGAUUGAGGUUUGUACCAAAAAAGUUCUAACAAACCUGAAUCACUCGGUCCAUUUUGGCCAACUGCCAUCCUAAAAUGUACAUUGGAACAUAAAAAGUACAUUGGACCAAAUGUGCAAUGUAGAUUCAUUAGGUUGAAGCAGUUAUCCUUUUUGAAGAAGUAAAUAACCGAGGUACUCACUGAAGCAGGAGUAGCAAAAUAUUCAAAAUGUUGAAGUUAAAAAAUAUAAGAUUAGUUUCAUUUUUCAGUGAAUUUAGGGGUGUAAAAUCAAAACUAGAAUGAAAUGGAGGAUUAGAAAGUUAAUUAUAAAUGGCUACUGAGACAACAACACCCUUGGCAUAUUCUUAACAACAGUAAUACUGCUUUAAAACGGAGGACUUUAGAGCUUUAUGAAAGGGAUGUGAAGGGUGCUAUAUUAAAACAUAUUCCUUUUGUAUGUGAAAAAAUUGCAUGAAAUUUUAUUUUUUGUAGACUAAUAGCAACAGCCUAAAAUUUGGUUGGCUGAAGAGAUGACUUAAUACCAAUUUCUAAUAUUCAUGGUGCCUUUUAAUAAAAUUUUAAA